ACUUCCAUCUCCAUCUCCAUCUCCAUCUCAGUUAUGGCUUUCUCUUCAUACUCUUUGAUAUUUCUUGUGGCCUUCUCUUUGUCUAUCUCUGCAUAUGCUCGCGAUUCGAUCAUUGGCUAUGCUCCAGAAGACUUGACAUCCCAUGAUAGGCUGAUUGAUCUGUUCGAAUUAUGGAUUUCAAAAUUCGGUAGAGUUUAUGAAAGUAUUGAAGAGAAGUUCGAGAGGUUUGAGAUAUUCAAAGAUAAUCUGUUCCACAUAGAUGAGACUAAUAAGAAGGUGACAAACUACUGGCUUGGAAUCAAUGAGUUUGCUGAUCUGAGCCAUGAAGAGUUCAAGAACAAGUAUUUAGGACUUAAACCUGACCUGUCUAAACCGAGACAAUACCCCGAAGAAUUUGGUUAUAAGGAUAUAACCAACAUUCCAAAGUCAGUGGAUUGGCGAAAGAAAGGAGCCGUGACUCAUGUGAAGAACCAAGGUUCAUGCGGUAGUUGCUGGGCGUUUUCGACAGUGGCAGCAGUAGAGGGUAUAAAUCAGAUUACAACAGGAAAUUUGACAGCUUUGUCGGAGCAAGAGCUGAUCGAUUGCGACACUACUAAUAAUAAUGGUUGCAAUGGCGGACUUAUGGAUUAUGCAUUUGCCUACAUUGUUGCCAAUGGAGGUCUUCAUAAGGAACAAGAUUACCCUUAUAUCAUGGAGGAAGGAACCUGCGAUAUGAUAAAGGAAGAGACGGAUGUAGUGAGCAUCAGUGGGUACCAUGAUGUGCCACAGAACAGUGAAGAAAGCCUAUUGAAGGCACUUGCGAACCAGCCGCUUAGUGUAGCUAUUGAGGCUUCUGGCAGAGACUUCCAGUUUUACAGUGGGGGUGUUUUUGAUGGUCAUUGUGGAACUGAGCUGGAUCAUGGAGUGGCAGCCGUUGGAUAUGGAACAAGCAAGGGCUUGGAUUAUAUCAUUGUUAAGAAUUCAUGGGGACCUAAAUGGGGAGAAAAGGGAUUUAUUAGGAUGAAGAGGAAAACUGGCAAGUCUGAAGGAAUCUGUGGAAUCUACAAAAUGGCUUCUUAUCCCACUAAAAAUAAGUGAUUUCAUUUGCUUCCCGUUUUAUGUCAGCUUUAUGUAUUUUCAAUAAAUGUUUUCUAUCUAAUUUGGAAUUACUGAUUUUACAAUUUA